AUGUAUACAUACGUACGCCAAGCCAUACCCAACGAAUUCAGUCCUCCUAUGUCGGGGAGCGGACUCACUGAGCGGACUAGAGAAAGCGAAGUAGCUUGUCGCCGGAGACUGAGGGAACUUAGCAACGACAGCAGAAGCUUGUCCAAUUCAACUCAACGCGCGUGGCAUGGUGCUUGGGUUGAUUAUGAAUCGCUUCGCGACCAAGCUCGCUUGGACAACUUUUCGUAGGCGACAGAGCUACACGAAAAAAUUGUUCAAACGCGCGCUUGGCCUCGAAGCGAUUCACAAUCAAACUAACCGGGCGUACGUACAUACGUACGUACAUACAUACACUUCGUUCAGGUGGGUCGAUUAUUUGUCAAUUUUGUGGGGUUGUAUUCUAUGUAAACCAGAUCUAAAAGGUGUUGAUCAAGGUGGCUCACGUAACCUUUUUUUUCAUUAAUCAAGACUGGCAGGGGUAGCCGUUAUCCCAGAGGCGGGAAUUAGGUUUGAAAAUGAACAUGGAAUUAAAGAAAUUCUUACAUCGAUUGUUAAAUAGCGUUGAUGGAUUACACAGUAUAUUAAUUACGGAUCGGGAUGGAGUCCCCGUAAUUUCGGUGUCUGAUGAGAAUGCUCCAGAACUGGCGAUGCGUGCCAGUUUUCUUUCCACAUUUGGCAUGGCUACUGACCAAGGCAGCAAGCUUGGUCUUGGGAAGAAUAAGACACUCAUAAGCAUGUACAGCAGUUACCAGGUUGUUCAAAUGAACAAGCUACCAUUGGUAGUAAGUUUUAUUGCUAGCAACACUUGUGAUACUGGACACAUAUUAUCAUUGGAGAGCAAAGUUGAUCCAAUUUUACAAAACUUGAAAAAUGUGGUUGCGGAAGCCUGAUGGUCACCCAUGGUACAGCAUAUGUAUCAACAAAAAGGAACCUUGGACACAAAUAUUGAAGUGCAAUCUCAACAGUUACUUGCCAUCGAGUGGGUAUGUGAGGCCAAAGUUAAUCCCUCUCAUGAAAUCAAAUACAAGCGUUGUAGAGAAAUUGCGGACGUCUUUCAAAGAACUCUGUAACUCAAAUGUAAGAAGCUUAUGGGCAGUUUCAAUACCAAGGUACUGCGUAAAUAUACAUUUUCCAUCUCAUAGA